UCCAUUUCUCCGUCACUUAGUGAAGAAACGAAAGUGAAAGCAGCCAGAAGCCUGAGGACGCUCCGCCGCCUGUUUGUGUCAGUCUGUCGGGCUGUUUGUACCGGACGGCACGAUGGAAGGAACCGAGCGCCCGCCGCCGGUGAUCGUGGAGGGGGACUGGAGCCCGGCUCAGACCAAAACUAUGAAGAACAAACUGCAACUUUACUUCCAGAGCAAGAAGAAGUCCAGCGGGGGAGACUGCCGGGUGGAGGCGGAGGACGGAGCUCCGAGAGCCGCCGUUUACUUCAGAUCAGAGGAGGUGAGAGAGCGAGUCCUCGCCCGGCAAAACCACGAAAUCACCCUGGAGAAUCAAACUGUCAAGUUACGUCUGAUGUCUGCAUCAAGUCCAACGAACAGUGACGACGUCUCAGAUUCAUCGACCGAUUCAAAGACUCCAAAGUCAGAAGAUGAACCUGGAAAUGUAGUUUCUGCAAAGAGCAAAGAGGAGUCGGUUCAGAGCGUUGCUGUGGUGUUGGACAACGUGUCAGACAGCAUGUCCACAGACAUACUGUCCAUGCUGGUGGAGAACAUCUCGGGCUUGGACGAGAGCUGCUACAGUCUGGAGAUCAUCUGGGAGACCAACAGAGCCGUUGUCACCUUUACCAAUCCUGCAGAUGUGGAGAAGUUCCUCUCUGUCAGUGAGUCCAGCCAGAAGCUGCAGAAACGCGGACUGAGCGCUCGGCCACUGGAGGCAGCAGAGAGCGUCCGAGUGGAGAAUCUUCCUCCGACUGUGGUUAAAGACAUGUUGGAGCUGUAUUUUGAGAAGAGCUGGGCACUGCCAGAAAAUAUCAUCAUGAUCCCGAGUGAACAGGCUGCUAUUGCAACUUUCAACAACCCCAAAGUUGUGGAAAGCAUUUGCCUAAAACAAGACGUUGUGAUGCGGUCCAUCUCUGUCAAGGUGUAUCCGUACUACAAAUCCCUGGGCACCGCCCUGUACGGCAGAGAGCGACCAUCAUGGAAGAUGCCCGAGCCCUUCACAGAGAGCGUUCACCAUGUUAUCUGGAAAUUCCUCCUGAUGAAAAAACUGUUAAAAACCAUCAACGAUCAGAUGCGUCCGUACUUCUGCAGUGUGGACUUGGAUAACCCUGAGGUGAAACUCAGCCCUCUUCCGAGCUUUUUGAGGCAGAAAGGUCUGACGGCCAAACAUGUAGAUAACUGGAUGAGCACCGCCCGAGAGGCCUUCCGUCAGCAAAUGUCUCAGUACGUGGCCUUUGAAUGUACAGCGAACGCACGUGCAUGGAAAGCUGCAGAGAAGGAGGUCCGUUCACUUGUCAGGGAAGACGCCGUCCUGGUGCUGGAUGCAUCCAGGGGGAUUUUGACCGUGGCUGGCCGAGCUAACGACAUAAAACAAAUCAGGGCUCCAGUGGAGAACAUCGUUCUUAAAGCCAUGAAUCAGAUGAAACGGCAGACAGAGGGUGUCUCUGAGGUAAUGGUUAUGUCCCCUGCAGAGUUCUACAUCCUGCAGCAGGGUGGGGUGCAGAAAGCUGCCCAGGACAUUUCCCCUGACAUGAACCUCUCCUUUGAUAAAGGCACCCAGACGUUAACCAUUACAGGACUCCCUGCAGAGGUUUACCAGACUAAGUCGUGGAUCUUGGAGAGGAAUAUGACUAUGAGUAAAAAGCAGCUGAAUGUCCCCACACAUCUUCUAGACUUUCUCAAGUCAGUGGAUCCCAUGGACAUGUCCCAGGACCUGUUCACGUCUCAAGGCAUCAGUGCCAUCUACAGCAUUGAGAGCAAAGGGGUUUUCCUGUUGGGGAUUAAUGAGAGUGUCCUCGCUGUUGCAGAGAAUAAGAUGAAGACCGUUUUGGACGUACAGACUCUGGAUGUGGAAGACCAGGAAGUUCUUGAACUUCAAAACUGGGUAAGCCUGAACCAACAGCUGUUGGACACCUGCAACUCCUUAAAGAAGAAAACAGUGGCCAUUCAGAUCCACCCAGAGAGGAGAGACAAAGUAACCGUGGCCGGCUUCCUGAAUCCAGUGAAAGAGGUGAGCAGCAGUCUGAAGGAAUUCAUUGUGAACUACUCAAGAGUUCAAGAAACCAUUCGUGUCGAGUCAUGCGCUGUUGUUCAGUUCAUUGACAAGAAAAAAUCACAAGAUUGGUCCAGUAUUGCCAAGGAUAAUGAUAUAGAAGUCCGUUUUGAUCCAGAGAGGCCAAGAAUCACCCUCGCUGGGGCUCGUCUUCACGUCCAGAAAGCCAAAAUCUGCUUUCAGAAACUGACCAGUGCUCUCUCCACUGACAAUUUCAGUGUGGACAAGCCUGGAGCUAAGAAGUACUUCCAGACUCAAGGAAGCCUGUUCCUGUCUACGAUAAUGACAGAGCUGAGCUGUGUGGUGAUGCUUCGUCCAGAGAAUCAAGAUGACGAGGAGGAAGAGAACUAUGAGGAAGACAAUGUCCUUUGUUAUUGCAAAGUGAAGACCACAAGUGGAGUUCUGAUUUCAGUCAGCAAGGCAGACAUCUGUAGCUUCCACGUGGACACAGUGGUCAACGCAGCUAAUGAGGAAUUACAGCACAUUGGCGGCCUGGCCUUAGCCCUGCUAAAUGCUGCGGGACCCGAGCUGCAGAAAAUCAGCAACGACCACGUUAAAAAAAAUGGAAAACUACGUCCGGGUGACGCCAUCGUUACAGGUGCAUGUAACCUGCCUUGCAAGUACAUCGUACAUGCAGUCGGCCCACGUUUUUCUGACUUUGACAGGAAGACGUCAGUGUCACGUCUGAAGUUUGCUGUUAAAAAUAGUCUGGCACAAGCAGAGGGAGUGAAAUGCUCCACCAUUGCACUGCCAGCGAUCAGCUCAGGUGUGUUCGGUUUUCCUGUUGAGCUCUGUGCUGAGACCAUAGCUCAGGCAGUGCGGGAGUACUGUGACAAUCCAGGAGGUCCAAGAUCGUUGACAGAGAUUCACCUGGUGGACAACAAUGAUAAGACCGUAAGAGUCCUGGCCACAGCUGUCAACAGAGAGUUCAUGGACCUCGGACCUACUAUGACAGUACCACAUGCGGCAGAAGGAACAAGCACGGGGGCUUCAGGCAGAUAUCAGGUGAGUCGAGGUCAGAGCCACUCGCCCAGGGGUGGCCGGUUUGGUAAAGGAGGAGGGCGUGGAAAGUGGGCUGAGGGGACAGGAGCUGGAUUCCAGAAAGGUCAGAAAGGUAACAGGGGAGCUCCCGGGGGACACGUCCAGCCUGGAGGACAUGGAGGGUCGGGCAGGAUGGAGAAGACCACAGCUGAAGGUCUGAAGAUUGUUCUGUGGAAAGGAAACAUUCAGGACCAGACUACUGACGUCAUUGUCAACACCAUCUCAGAGGACAUGAACCUGAACCAGGGAGCUGUUUCCAAAGCGAUCCUGCAGGCGGCUGGGCACGGCCUGCAGUCGGCGGUUCGGUCCGAAGACAGGGCAAGCACACUGCUGUAUGGCGAUGUCGUCAUCACCGACAGCUUCAACCUCAAGUGUCGGAAAGUCUAUCAUGCUGUUUGCCCGUUUUGGAACAACGGAGCCGGCAAGGAGGAGUUAAUAUCCAUCAUCAGAUAUUGUCUGGAGAUUGCUGAGAAAAGUCGGAUGGCGUCGUUGUCCUUCCCGGCCAUCGGCACAGGAAACCUGAGCUUCCCCAGAGACGUGGUAUCCAGAGUCCUGCUGCAGGAGAUCCACUCGUACAGCCGCAGGAAAACCCCUCGCUAUCUGAGAGAGGUGGCCAUUGUUGUUCACCCGAGUGACAACCAAACGGUGGAUUGUUUCAUCAGGGAGUUCAAAGGUCAGACUGGCCAGAGAAAUAUCCAAAAUGAAGCUCAGGAAUUUAACGAGGCACCAGUUAGGCCAUCAGUCAGCCAGUCACAACAGUCUUCAGCCUCCUUCAGUCAGGUGUCGUCCCCCUCCCUCGGUGUGUAUCGGAUUCAGAUGGGUCAGCUCACCCUCGAGGUGUCAUCUGGAGACAUCACCAAGGAGGCCUGUGAUGUCAUUAUCAACUCCUCCAAUCAAGGCUUUACCCUAAAAUCAGGAGUGUCGAAGGCUUGGACAGUGCUGGAUCUUGGACAUUGGUGCACAAAAACCAGAUUUCAGGGAUUGAUUGUUUUACCAGGCUGUGUAAUGAGUGUUGUUUGGUUCCUCUCUGUAGUAAAUUCUCCGAAUUACCAGCCUGGUCUGUUUAUCCUGACGUCGGCCGGCCAGCUGCCCAGCACACACAUUAUCCACGUUGUUGGCCAGAAUGAUCCUGCAAAUAUUAAGGAUGUGGUUUACACAGUGCUGAAGUUCUGCGAGGAGAACAAGCUCAGAUCUGUCUCCUUCCCGGCCCUGGGAACAGGUCAGGGAGGGGUCAACCCGUCGGCGGUGGCAGACGCCAUGGUGGAUGGGGUGGUGGACUUUGUGAGGAAGAAGCACCCGAGGUUUGUUUGCAGCAUAAAGAUCCUGAUCUUCCAGACGGUCAUGAUGGCGGAGUUUCACAGGAGCAUGAAGAGGAGAGAGGGAGAGCAGGUGGAGGCCAAGAGCGUCUUCACCAAGAUCAAAGACACUGUCACUUCGUUUUUUACGGGACUUGGGGAGGAGCGACCCAGCACUGAUGACUUGUGUCUGGAGAGAGAGGAGUUUGAGCCCACAGUGUUUCAGCUGUGUGCCGACAACGACAUGGCUGUGAGUCAGGCUAAGAAAAGGGUUAAGGAGCUGAUUGUGGCCGAGCAGGCGGAGAGAACCAUCAAAGACCAGUACAUCAGUAAGCUGUCGCAGGCCGACUUGGACAAGCUAAAUUCCCUGCAGCGGAAACUGACGGUUAGCAUCAGUUUGAACCGAGGGAUGGGGGACCAGGAGUCCACCAUCCAGCUGGAGGGUCUGACCAGAGACGUCUACACCGCUGAGUCUGCAGUCAGGGACAUCAUCCGCAAGGUGGAGAGGUCGGAGAACUUGAAGAGCAAGGCCUUGCUGCUGAGUGGACUGGUAGAGUGGCAGUUUGAGAUCAGCACCGGGGUGAUGGUACCCUUUGACAUUUACACCAACUUCCAGCUGGAAGAGGCACUGGAAAAGAAACAACAAAGUGUGACGAUCAAGAUCAACAACGAGAAGUACCAUGCUCAAGUAAUGCUUAGAAAAGCAGUGUCAGCAAGUUCGCGUAAAGCCUUGGAGCUACAUAGAAAAGAUAUGAAAGAUGACGCCGCUCUGCCAUCAAAUUGGGAUGACAUGAAAGGCGACCUCCUCAAACGGGUUCCUCUGACUCCAGGAUCCAAGGAAUACAACGAUGUGGAGACGGAGCUAACAAAGACCGGUCUCGCUGCAAACAUCAUCAGUAUUGAACGAGUCCAAAACACGACACUGUGGCAGAGUUACCAGCUGAUGAAGAAACAAAUGGAGGUGAAGAACAAACACACAAACAACGAGAUGGUGCUGUUCCACGGCACCGGAGCCACCUCCAUUGAUUUAAUCAACAAUCAAGGCUUCAACCGCAGCUACGCAGGAGCACAUGGUGCGAUGUACGGCAAUGGAUCUUACUUUGCGGUAAACCCGGCCUACUCAGCACAAGGCUACGCCAAACCCGACGCCAGCGGCCAUAAGCGCAUGUACGUGGCCAGGGUCCUGGUCGGAGACUUCACCCAGGGAAGAAGUGGCAUGAUCACCCCGCCCUCCAAGAACUCCAGGAAUGCUGCAGACCUGUAUGACAGUGUUGCAGAUAACAAAACCAAUCCAGCCAUUUUUGUAGUCUUUAAUGACAUUCAGGCAUACCCAGAAUACCUGAUCACAUUUACAUGAAUGAAGCUAUGAUUACACUGUGCUACAAUUCUGAUGAAAAUGUUAUGAAAAUUCUAUUAUUUGUGUUUUAGUUUGAAUUCCAAUUAAGUACACAAAAACAGUUUCAAAUUAUUAUGUAAUAUUGUAACAUUGCAUAUUUCCUGAAGGGGCACUUUCCAUUUUCUUGAUUUGGUUUCACCCACUACAUGAGUAAAUGAAAAGAAAGGAUUAAAGUUUGAAAAUGAACAAAACAGAAGCAUUAACAAAAAUAUUUUAAAACUCAUUAUCUUCCUUCCUUCAUUUGUCACAUUUCUUGUAUUUUUUUUAAUGGAAUAUAGUCUAUAGGCCUUUUUAUUAAAGGAUCACUGCGACAGUUUGUGAAA